AUGGCAGCCAGCCGAACAGUUAUGAACGACUUUCCAAAUAGUCAACGCCGACCUAUCCUAAUUGAAAUCGGGCUCCAAAUCCCACUAAUUAACUCCACUCCUUACCCCAGAUGGAACUUUAACAAAGCUGCAAGGGAAAACUAUGCAAAUGAACUAGACAAAUGCAUCCGGUUUAUCCCACCUAAACGUUCGAACUACAAUAGAUUUUUGGGACUCAUCAUUGCUAUUGCUAAAAAACACAUGCCAAGAGGCUAUAGGAAAGUAUACGUCCCUGGCUGGAACGAACUAAGCGAAAACCUAUAUCGAGAAUAUAUGAACGGAAACAUAGAUGUGGCGGACGAUCUUCUAAUCAGCCUUGAUAAAUCCAGGAAGGAAAAAUGGAAUAAAACAAUGACAGCCCUUGAUUUCAGACACUCUAGUAGGGAAACAUGGAGCCUACUCAAGAAAUUGGGAGGUAAACAACACACUAGACGAAAGGAUACAUCAAUCUCACCGAACCAAGUUGCUAACCACAUAGUAAAUGUACCGAGAAUGCCUUCGAGCAAGAGACACACAACUCAGAUAAGAAAACGCUUUACUGACCUUAAAAAAGAAUGCACCCAAAUCCACGAACUGUCUGUCCCUUACUCAGAAGCGGAAAUUACCACAGCUCUAGAGGACCUAAAACCUGGGAAGGCUGCAGGGCCAGAUGGGAUGCACCCAGAAUUUCUGAUAAACUGUGGUCCUAACACCAGAAAAUGGCUAUCUAAAUUUUACACUGACAUUCAACAAUCUGGGACACUGCCUCCAGAACUUAGAAAAUCUAAAAUAAUUGCUAUCGUCAAACCCGGGAAAUCAAACGAUCGCCCAGAAUACUACCGACCAAUAGUACUACUCAGCGCGUGCUAUAAACUACUGGAGAGAAUAAUAUACAACCGAAUAAGCCCAAUUAUACUAAAUACCAUCCCGGUAGAACAAGCCGGGUUCAGGCCGGGCCGAAGCUGUUUCGAUCAAGUCCUCUCAUUGACCACUUAUAUNUAA